ACUUCAUGUAAAUUAGUUAACUUACGAUACUGAUAUAUAAAAAUGAGAGAGGAUAUUUGGUCCAAUAAAGCUUUGAGGUUGUAAACCAGGGUGUGUGUUUGUGAGUGUGUGUAGUGUAGUACCUAACUGUGUGUGAAAGAGGAAGUGUGUGUAAUGAGCUGAAGAUAUACAGGGGGAGUGGGAGUAUAACUUCAGUUCCCAGAGGUCCCGGCUGGAGUAAAGGCGUGGAGGUAUCAACGGUGCACUUACCUGUCUUUAAUAUACAGCCACGGAGUCCACAUUAAGAAAGUUUAUCUGGAAGGUAAAGGAGAGGGAACAAGAUCGCAGACAUGGGAAUUCAGAUGAAAGCUUUAUUGCUGGGUACUGCAUUGGCAGCCGUAGCUUGUACAACCAUCAUCGCUUUGAUUCUCUCUCUUGCUAAUCAUCAGACUUUGGAAAUGCCAUACUCAACACAGUAUGGCAUUGUGUUUGAUGCCGGCUCCACUCACACCGCCCUCUUCCUGUACCAGUGGCUGGGGAACAAAGAAAACAACACUGGAAUAGUCUCUCAAAAACAGAGCUGUGAUGUGGAUGGUGAUGGCAUAUCCAGCUAUGUAAAUAACCCUCCGGCAGCUGGAGAAAGUCUUAAGAAAUGCUUGGAUGUUGCCAAGGCAGCAAUACCUGAAGGAAAGCAGAAAACUACACCUGUGUACCUUGGUGCCACUGCUGGCAUGCGGCUUCUUAGCGUAGAGAACAAAAGUUCAGCAGACAGCAUUCUUGCAGAGGUCACCAAAACAAUCCAAAGUUAUCCAUUUGAUUUUCGAGGGGCUAGAAUACUUUCUGGCAUGGAGGAGGGGGCUUAUGGCUGGAUCACCAUCAACUAUCUCUUGGAGAAAUUUAUCAAGCACACAUUUGAGGGCCAGUGGAUCCACCCUAAUACAGGAAAGAUCCUCGGAGCUCUAGAUCUCGGUGGCUCAUCGACACAGAUCGCAUUCACCCCAAAAGAACCAGUGAAAAACCCAGAUUCAUCUUUUAAUCUCCAGCUGUACGGGUACAAGUAUGAGUUGUACACACACAGCUACUUGUGCUACGGCCAGGACCAGGCUUUGAGGCAACUUCAGGUUUACCUUCACAAGACUGCUGGAUCAUCAUCUGUUAUCAGUCACCCAUGUUACCAUGUUGGAUAUAGCCUUAAUCUUACUUUGAAUGACCUUUACAACUCCCCUUGUGUGGUCAAACCAAGCAAUUUUAACCCCAAGGCUACAGUCCUUUUCUCAGGAACGAGUAAUUCAUCCCUCUGUCUUUCUCUAAUGGAGAACAUUGUUAACCUCACCGACUGUGCAUAUUCACCAGACUGUGGCUUCAACGGUGUCUAUCAGCCCCCAGUCAAUGGCGAAUUCUUCGCUUUUUCUGCAUACUUCUACACCUUUGAUUUCCUUGGACUUGCCCCAAAAGCUCCACUGAUUCGAGUUCUUUCCACUAUUGAGACUCACUGCAACAAAACCUGGACCGAUCUUACCGCUGAAAAUCCAACCAUUAAGGCAAAAUAUCUGAAAGAUUAUUGUGCGUCUGCUCAUUAUAUUAUGACUAUUCUCCUGAAAGGAUACAAGUUCAGUAACACCUGGGAUCAAAUCUCUUUUGAGAAACGGGUUGCAGACACGGAUAUUGGUUGGACUUUGGGAUACAUGCUGAACCUGACCAACAUGAUUCCUUCUGAACCUUCCAGAGCGGUGACAGGGGUGCCGCACAGUCAAUGGCCAGCUCAGAUUUUCUUCAUCGUAUUUGCUGUUCUCCUCAGUCUAAUUAUUAUAGCCAUUCUGUUUGUCCGUGAUCUAAGCCACUAAGUUGUGUGUACAUAUUAAUAUUUAUUUCUUAUAUUUCAGACACCAAGUAACUCUUUUGACUACUGCUUGAGAUGUGAUUAGAGAUGUUUUGACAAAGACCUCAGAAACUGUGAAAUAAUCUGUGCUUUAUAACAUUCUCAUGAGAAAAAUUACAUGAAGUGUCUUUUGUUUUUCUUAACAUUUUGUACCAGUUGUGGCAAAAUGUAGCUUUUUUGAGUUAUUUAAAGUAGUGUCUUGUUUUGAAAGCUGACUAGUACCUCAAUGAUUUAGUCUGUGCUAACUAAUAAUUCAUGAAACUAAGUUACAGAGAUUUUUCAGACAUUCAUAAACUGAAUUGUAAGGGUACAGGGUUUUUAUUUAUUUGUUUAUAUUCAUUUUCACCUCCACUCAGCACUUACAGCUGGACUUAAAGCACUUAACAGACAUUAAAUAAAUGUAUAAUUA